CCAUAUGUGGCCAAAACAUCAAUUAAUCUCGGUUUAAGGGCCCCUUAAUUCUUAGCACCGCCCCUGUAAAUUAGACAUGUAUGUCAUAAAUCUUACUACAUUACAGAGUGUCCCGUCGCCGGUGUAUUUAGCAGCUCUGACAUCCUAAUACGCCUUUGAAAAGCACAUGAUGAACAUCCACCGGGGUGCUUGAGUCGUGAUGUCCCUACGUGAGCUGCGUGUGUGUCAUCUCUGACGUUACCGGCCCGCCUACAUCGCCCUCUGUCUCCCCCAGUGACACAGACACUUUCCGGCAGUGAAGAGCCCGGUCUGCCAGCGUCACGCAGGGGCAUCCGCUGCUCUUAACGCGAGUCCUCACUGGCAUGGACACCGGAGGAGAGCACUGACCAUCUCCAGGAACCAUGCCUACUGUCCUCGGUGGCAAAGGGGAACUUUCCAUUGUCUGUUUUCUACUCAGAUGCGCAUAUUCUCAGGUAACAAGAAGCCAACACAACUGUGCCAAAGAUAUUCUGGAGGACAUGACUCAGUCCUGGCCGUCCCAGCAAGCCUUAGGGGGUGACCGGGCCCAACGAAUGCUCUACAACCCCAAGGAAGCAAAACUACCGACUGCACAGCAAAGGCAAAAUCGGGGGGAUGUACAGCUGCGAAUGACCCGUCACCCUCGCGUAGCACCUCACAAAUCAAUGCUUGCUGAUGACCUGAAGCUGAGCAGUGAUGAUGAUGACACUCAAAGGGUAACUCAUGAGUCAGCUUCCUGGGAUGGACACAGCCUGUCAGCACAGCGAGCGCACACACAUGGCAGACGGGUGAGACAUUCCAGCUCAGACUCUUCAGGCUCGGACUCCACCGCUGAGUCAGGCAGCAGCAGCCUUCACUCCCGGAGCCCCAGCCGGAGCCCAGACGUUCUCCCAGAUCCUGCGUCGCCUGCCAACACGCAGCCACCGUGCAACAGCAAGGAGACUGAUCACCCCUCUGCGGCCCAGUGGCAGUUGGAUAAAUGGCUAAAGAAGUCCCGGAACAAAUCUGCCAGCAGUGACCAGGAUCCCUCCCAGAGCAUUGCAGGACGCCUUCCCUCUCCCCACACUCAAAGAGCCCCAUCUCCAGCCAGGUCCUGGGACAGCAAUCAGGAAUACAGCCCUAGCCAAAGCCCUAUUCCCAGCCCACAGUUUAAUUACAGCCACAACAACAGCCCCCUACCUAGCCCUGGUUAUAGCUUCUGCCCUAGCCCCAGCCCAUUCCCCAGCACAUGCCCAAGUCCCAGCCCUAGCCCAAGGCAAAAUCCGAUCCCUAGCCCGGUUCCAAGUGUAUGCCCUAGUCCAUGUGGGAGCCUGAGAGCAAGCCGUAGCCCCAGCCCUAUACCUAGAGACCCUCCAAGAAGACCCAGUCCCAGCGUACCUGCUCCUUCCAGGGUCCGGCACUACCCCGAGGUUCGGACAACACAACCUAGCCUAACAACCAAUCCCCACAGGACAAAAAAUAGGAUUACUCCAUUGCCUUACACCAACACGAAAAGCAAGCCUACAAACAGUACUCAUCUUCAGCCAACUCAUCAGCACAGGUCCAAGACUCGACCCACAGAGGACCAAGACCAAAGCAAACCCAAGGCUUCUGCUCUUUUAAACUCUAACCAGAGUCACAGCCACAAAUCUAGACCUAAGCCUAACUUUCAUCCAAGUUCUAAACAGCUCUCUGAGGCUCCCAAAGCCAAACACACAUCACAUUUAGAGCAAAUCCAGAGUAGCAGAUCCAACCACAACUCCAACCACAAGCCCAGGCCUUCAUUUCAAUCCAGUUUACAAUAUAGCCCCACAACAGCUAAGCACUUAAUUCCCACUAGUCGUGAAACCAACCGUGAUCAUAGUUCCCAAUCUACCUCUAAAGGUGUUACUAAAUCUAAUACUGGGUUGAACUCUAGAUCAACACCCAGCCUUAAACAUAGGGCCAAGUCUUCUGAGGCUACAGCGCCAAACUCUGUGCAUGUUGACCUUACAAAAACAACACAAAAGAAACCCCAGUCCAAGGAACAGGAGGUGGAACACAGAGGAGAUCAUUUGACCCAAGCAGAGGGGAGGAAACACGAGAGAAAGGAGGACAGACAUCAGGAAAAACAACCAGGGAAACAGGAGAGAAAGGAAGACAGGAGGCUGGCGGAGGAGCAGCUACUGAGACGUCCCUGGAUCCAGAGUUCGGCAGAAGAGGAGGAGGAGGAGGCAGAGGAGGAGGAGGGAGUGAUAGAGAGGCAGAGGAGGAGAGAGGAGCCUGCAAGAGGGGAAAAGAGGAGGGGGAGGGAGCAGCAACAUAGACGCGAAUGGCAAACAGUCCAGGCCAAACAGAGACUGCCUACCAACACCGAGCGACACCGCAUUCAAGACAACUCACACCACCAGGGAAGGACAAAAAAGGGAGGGAGAAGUGAGGAGGAGAGAGAGUUACAGCAAGACCCAUCACCUCCUCCGUCACGUUCCCCAAGCCCUCACAGACCAUCCUCCUCGCCCUCUGCCUCGCCUUCUUCAAAUUCAGAUUCAGAAUCGGAAUAUCAGGCUCCGAUCACUAAAGUACCAGCAGACUCCACCUCUCACAAGAGACUCCCCAAGAGAGGGCAACAAGGCCCAGGCAGGCCUGACGCCAACAGGCCGAAGGUGGUGCACCCCAGAGGACCAUCCUCAGGUAAUCCAAGUGAGGGGCAGCAGAGUGAGGGGAAGCAAAAACUCUACACCCUGGUCCCGUUCGGGCGUGGUGAACAAGCUACAGCGCCUUCCCAGCGAGGGCUUAGAAAUCUGGUGGUGCAGAUAGACCUCUGUCUUCUCAAAAGGGUCCCGGACAGCACUACUAGUUCCACUGUUAAAAAACCCUCCUCCUCCUCCUCCUCUUCAUCAACCAAGGAUAAGCAAAGAGAGGCUAUGAAACACCUUUACGUCCCUGAGACUGUGACGAAAGACAGUAAAAGGAAACGCAAGUUGGAGAAUGGUGUGUCACAAAGUGAAAGCAAGAGGACUGUUCCGUAUGCAAAUGACCUCUCAGGCCACACAGAGUCUUCAUCUCACACAGCUGAGCGCAACUUUGUGACCGAGACCACACACAACGGGUACUUGGAGGAGUACUUGGACAGCAAGAGGCCGUUGUCUCCCCUGUCUCCCCUGUCUCCACUGUCCGACAGCCUGGAGUCCACCAAGCCUCCCCUCAAAACAAAGACUUCAGAGCAGCAUCAUGUCCAUGUCCACAAAAACAGAGACAAGAAUAGAGAUUCUGCUAUAAAGCCCAAGAUGGAGGUGGAAUGUGUCAAAGUGUCAAGACAGCCCCAACCACCACUCGAGUCCUGGGGCCCUGCAGGACACAGGGGGACCGUGCCAAACAAUGAAACUCCGCACCAUGCUGAGUACUACUUACAUGAAGCUAAAAGGAUGAAGCACCGUGCCGAUGCAAUGGUGGACAAGCUGGGGAAGGCUGUGAAUUACGUUGAUGCUGCUCUCUCCUUCAUGGAAUGUGGGAAAGCAAUGGAGGAAGGGCCACUAGAGGCAAAGUCUCCUUAUACCAUGUACUCAGAGACAGUGGAGCUUAUUAGGUACGCAAUGAGGCUGAAGAGCCACUCUGGCCCUGGGGCGAGACAGGAAGACAAACAGCUGGCGGUUCUGUGUUUCCGGUGCCUUGCCCUCCUUUACUGGCAAAUGUUUCGUUUAAAGAAGGACCAUGCACUGAAAUACUCCAAAGUUCUGCUGGACUACUUUAAGACUUCUCCCAAAGUGCCUUCUACACCACCCUGUUGGAGUGACUCUGGGAAGGGUACAGAAGGACCCCCUUCUUCACUCUCACCCGAUGCCAAACACCUUGGACGGGGUUCACACGGGGGCAGCGCCUUCUCCUCUGUCAUAAGCAUUCCCCAACGUAUCCACCAGAUGGCAGCAAAUCACCUGAACAUUACCAACAGUGUCCUGUACAGCUAUGAGUACUGGGAGGUGGCGGACAACCUCGCACAGGAGAAUAAAGAGUUCUUCAACUACUUGAAUACGUUGUCUGGGCCAUUGACUCUUCACAGUAGCAUUGCUCACGCUGUCCAGUACACCAGACAGGCUCUUCAGUGGAUACGCAUUAGUGCCAAACUUAACUAACGACGGAGAGGAUUUACUGUAACCUGCCCACUGGAUCUCCAGGUCUUGUUUAGAAGAGACAAAACUCUGGAUCUCUAUGCAGCUGACAGGACAGCACUGAUACCUACUGAGCUGUGUGAAAUGGAGUUGGAUGAAAUCCCAUGGAGCCUGAUCAUCCUCAUAGGAUGUUGGGGUGCUUACUGUGUGCAAAACCUUCUGAAGGAGCAGUCUUUUAACUUCUCACAGAUGAACUACAUGCACCUUAUUCCUCAUCAUUGGAUUAAUCUGAAGAGUUGUGUGUGCUAUGGAUUUGAAGUCUCUAAUCUUUUGCCAAAUGUCCCACAGUGACAGGACUCUCAUACAGUACAGUUCCAUGUGCAUCUUCAAACUUUUCAUACUUCAGAUUUAAUUAUUAACCAGUAGACUGUUUCUCUGCUGCCAAAACAGGAAAAGAUGCUAAAAAAAAACUAGACCAAUCAAUCAUAUACCACUUUCUCUAAAGUAGGAAAUGUGUCUGCAUCUUUUUCUAAUGAAGGUUUUAAUGACUCUUCUUUUUAAAUAUUUUGUAUGUGUUUUUACUGUGCAAUAUUUGAUGGAUUAUCUGUUUUUAGAAAAAAAAUAAAAAAGAACAAUAACCGGAGAAAUAAAAAUGUUGGUUAGUUUAGUUGCCAACAUCCAAUGUCCCUUUUAUGCAAAUGUUAUUUUUGUCCCUGUUUUGAGUAUUGAGUAUAAUAUAAUUUAAUGAAUAAUGAAAUUGAAGAGGUCACUUACUUUUUGGUACGUGUAUUGUCUUAGGUCUAGUUCAGGAGUAUUAAUUUUAAAUGUCAAGCUUCUUACAGUAUGAGUGACACAGGUAACACAGCAUCACUAUCAGGUGAUAAUCUUUUACCUCUAAUUUUGGUUAUCUUCCAUGUUUUUAGCCUAGAAAUCUAGAUGCACCCUAGCGGCAGAAAAUUUAAUUUGCAGCCACUUCUUGGUGUGGGUCUGGCUUGUCAGGCUACCAUGUUUUAACUGAAGGUUUACAAUGUUAUCUGUGAGUCAUGACCUUCAAAUCAUCAGCCCAAAGACCUCUUAAAAACCAGGAUGUUUUGUUUCACCCUGUGAAAGAGUCAGCUAGACAAUCAAACUGAAUUUCUGUUUUAUUUUCAUUCAUUUUCUUUAAAUUAUUUGAAU